AGAUAAGAGUAGCAGAAGAACAUUCUCUCCUCAUUUCCCCCAAUCCAGAAGAAAAAACGAAAAAUGUUCUUCUCAUCUCUUCCCAAAUCCCUUCUCCUCCAAACCCUUCCUUCGUCUCCUCCAUCAAAACCCUCAAAAACCCUAAUCUCAUCUUCCUCUCCAUUCCUCAAUGGCUCUCUCUCCCUCACUCUCCCAACCAAAACCCCAAAACCCUCAUUUCUCUCCGCCCAACUCCUCUCCAUCCAAGCCAUGAAAAAGUUGCAGGGCCGGGUCGUCUGCGCCACCAACGACAAGACCGUUGCCGUCGAGGUCGUCCGUCUCGCUCCUCACCCCAAAUACAAGCGCCGCGUCCGCAAGAAGAAGAAAUACCAGGCCCACGACCCCGACAAUCAGUUCAAGGUCGGUGAUUUCGUUCAGCUUGAGAAGAGCCGUCCAAUCAGCAAGACCAAGACCUUCGUCGCCAUCCCCGUCGCCGCCAGAAACGCCCCCAAGGCACCUGAGCCCGUCCCUCAGGAGCUCUCUAUCCCUCUCCAGUCCCAGCAGCAGCAGUCCGCAUAGGAGAACGCGUCUCGAGCGCUACUGUCACCGGUCAGUCUCAGUUGUAGAUGAUUCAUUUUCUUUGACUGAUGAUCAUUUUGGGUACUGCUUUGAUUUGAAUUCUGGGUUUUUGUUUUGAGAUGGAUUUGAAUUAUGGUUUGAGAGGAAUUGUAUGAUCAUGGUAUAUGUCGGUAAUCUAGACCAUUGGUUUUUUGUGUCCUGCA